AUGAAUGUCAUGAAUGGGAGCAGAGAGCGCAAUGCCUUUGAAACACAGCAGGCCGCUUGGGUCCUAAAAGCCCCAGUGGAAAGUCUACCAUCAGGGAUCACUCUGAUGACACCAGUGGUGGACGAAAUUCAAGUACCAGAAAGUAAAGCCCACAUCAAAGCCCCAUUAAUAGAGAUAAAAACCAUGUUUGAUGCAGACCUCUCAACUGUGAGAGAGGAGGCCCACACACUGUAG